CUCAUUCAUCCUCCUCCUCCAGCAAGACCUCAAUGAGACGCCGCGAUAACGGACAACCAUUGUUGUUUCAUCGCUCUCCUCCAUGAAUUCAUCUUCUGUUCACCUCUGGAUGCGUAAAUGGUGGUCUUUCUUCAACAGUUACUGCCACAUUUAGCCAUAUUGUUUCCGUUUCUGAAGCGCUGUUCUCGUGUUUGGAAUAAAAUAGCGCACAAACCGAAACUGAGGAAAUAGAGGUUGACAAUGAAGAAGCAAUACACUUAAAUCUGGACAUAUCGACAGAUAUCUACAAAAAGGUGGUUUACCAAGGAUUAUUACAGCAAUGGACUGGCUGUCAGUGCGUGUGCUCCUCUUCUGCCCGAUCCCACUGCCCCCUCAUGCUACUAUGCCCCUCGCCCCGUCCUCUCAGCACAUCCAGAGGAAGGACUGCCCGUCCCUGUAGGAAUGCCUGUUUGGGCCUGGCACCUGCCUCUGCCCGCGGCUGCUCCCACACCUUUUGCCAUUCCACCCCCCAUCAGCUCUCGCAGGCUGCUCCAUCAUGAACGAUGAGGUCAUCAGCACUAACACACUGGCCUGGCUGGUCUGCUCAGGAGUGUCCAUCCUGGCCAACACCUGGGGAAUCCUGAGCGUGAGCGCCAAGCAGAAGAAGUGGAAGCCUCUGGAAUUCCUCAUCUGUACCCUGGCUGGCACGCACAUCCUCAACAUGGGUAUCCCUAUCACCAUGUAUUGCGUCAUUCAGCUUCGGCGACAGCACUCAAACUAUGAAUGGAACGAAGGACUCUGCAAGGUGUUUGUCUCCACCUUCUACACCCUUACCCUGGUCACCUGCUUCUCCGUCACCUCCCUGUCCUACCACCGCAUGUGGAUGGUCCGUUGGCCUGUCAACUAUAGGUUGAGUAACACCAAAAAGCAGGCUGUCCACACGGUCAUGGGCAUCUGGAUGGUGUCGUUCAUUCUGUCCACCUUGCCCGCUGUGGGCUGGCAUGAUACCACAGAGCGCUUUUACACCCACGACAACUGUCGCUUCAUUGUGACCGAGAUCGGCUUGGGCUUCGGCGUCUGCUUCCUGCUGCUGAUCAGCGGGAGUGUAGUGAUGGGCGUCAUCUGUAUUGGAAUUGCCCUCUUCCAGACCUUUUCCAUCCAGAUGGGUCAAAAUGUAGACAAGAACAAAUUUAACGUGCCCACCAUUGUAGUGGAGGAUGCCCAGGGCAAGAGGCGUUCAUCCAUCGACGGCUCAGAGCCCAUUAAGACGUCGCUGCAGAUCACCUAUCUGAUCAGUGGAAUAGUCUUCAUAUACGACUUUCUAACUGGAUUCCCCAUAUUGGUGGUGAGCUUUGCCAGCCUGAAAUUUGACCGCUCCUACAGCUGGAUGGUCCUGUGUGUCCUCUGGUGCUCCAUAGCUCAAUCAAUCCUGCUCCCCAUGUUCCUGUGGGCUUGCGACCGCUACAGAGCAGACGUCAAGAUGGUCUGGGAGAAAUGUGUGGCCAUCAUGUCCAAUGAUGAAGUGGACGAAGAAAACAGCCAGGAUGGAGGCAUUCAUCCGGACUUAAUAUUUGACAGACCGUUUGACUAUAGCUCUGCUGGUGAUAUCAUGACGGUAGACCGUAUUGCCAAGUACGAAUUCUCAACCUUAGAAAGGGGGGGCCCCCAGGGUUAUCCAUUGAGGGAGCUUCAGGAAGAUAAAAUGCACUAUUUGCAGGUGCCCCCUACAAGAAGAUACUCCCACGACGAAACCAACAUGUGGACCACCGGUCAGAUCCCGUCUUACCUGCAUCGCUGGGGCUCCACAGAGGACAUCAUUGGCAUCCGAUACAGCUCGCCGCGCCACGAGAGACGUCGCAGCAGCCCGGCGUCCUACAACGAGGAGAGCCACCCACACCGCAAAAGGAGGCGAUCCGAGGACAUGCAUUCGCUCAAGCAGAUUCCACGAGUCGAGCGUUAUGAGGGCGAUUUCAAGUGCUUUAGCCGCGACGAAGUGAUUAACUUCAUUGACGAGACGCCACUGGCUAGUCCAAUGAGAAGCCCGCGGCUAGCCUCUGCAUUCUCUCUGGUUCCAGAGACGUUCGAGCAGCACGUUAUUUUGUUGCCGCAUUUCCCGCUCACGCACUUUGAGCGCGAGCCUCAAGCGUUGAGACGCUGCUCUGAGCACGGCAAAGGAGCCACGCCAGGCGAGAUCCCUCAGGAUCUGCAGAGAAAGGCGAAGGACGGGAACGACUGCAGGAGCGGCGGUGGCGAAGGCCCGGGCAUCAAGCGAUGCCCUGAGCACAGGCAUGAUGCCAAGCGUGCAUCAGAGCUUGUUCCUUUGGGACAGGGUGCACGGACAGGGGAUCAGUCGCAUUCAAGUAUUAGGACAGGACAGGUAGAUGCAUCUCCUUGUGUGGACCAGAAGCACCUGCCUAAAGGGGAAAGCAAAGCAAGCACAAAUAGUUUUAUAAGCUCAAAAUCUGCAUCGUCAGGCUAUAUGACAUCCAUAGGAUCCACGAACUAAGUAACAGUUUUAUGAGUAUUUUCAAGUAGUCCCUGAUAUGCUUAUUAGUGUUAAAGCUUUGACUAAGUGGGAUGUUUUUGUUAACUAGGAACUGGGAUUUUUGAGAUGUGAUGGAUUUGAAAUGGCAUAAGGACAUCAUCAGUGUUUUUUUUUUUUAUGUGUUGCUGAUACAGGGCUGGAUGAUGGGGUCAGUGGGCCUCCAAGGCAAGGGAAGCUGAGCAGCAGAUAAGUGUCCUAAGCUCAGCACUUACAGUUGGAAAUGAGCACUAGGCCUUCUGCUCAUACACGGGAACUUUUUACUGAGGCCCAUGACAGUUUUCAGCUUUUAUGUUUCAAUGAGGAUUUAGUAUUCUGGUCAAAAUACGGCCUUUCUUGACUAAGGAAUAAGGGGCCAUUCCAUCACUUUGUGUAGAUCUACAUAUAUAUAUAUAUAUAUAUAUAUA